AUGUCGGAAUUCCUCAACUACAAAGUUGAUUUAACUUUGAAUGAUGGGUCAAAGUCAUCUGGUGUUAUUACGAAUGUAGAUAACCAGCAGAUUGUACUUAGUAAUGCAUAUCAAACUACAAAUCCAACGCAACAAUUAUCCAAUUUGAAAAUCAAUAGCUCCCAAAUAGCUGAUCUAAAGGUAGUUCAAUUGCCACCCGAUAUGUUGAAGAAUGGUAAGAAUAAGCGUACCAACACGAAAUCUAAUGGUCAUCAAGGAGAUUUCGCUAUUGGAGGUUCGCCUGCGUUAUUGGACGAUGCUAUUGUAUUUGCCAAGUCAUCGACGCCAACGUCUAGAGACUCGAGUUAUAAGGAAAGAAAUACGCAUGUUACUCCAAAGUCGAGCAUGACUAAUAGUAGAUCGAAUACACCAAGAUUGAAAUCGAAUAGAAUACAACAAUCUGCAUCAUCGGCCAUGACCGGAGACCCAGAUUGGGGCCACGAACAUGAAAUUCAAGACAUAAAACACUCAAAUGAAUUCGAUUUUGCCGCAAACUUGGCGAUGUUUGAUAAAAAGUCUGUAUUUGCUGAUUUCCAAAAGAAUGAUAGUGUUAAUCCGGAGGAUAGAUUAGUAGGUCACAACAAACUGGAAACUAACCAGAACAAGAAUAAAAAAGACAAAUAUGAUAACGAUGAAAUGGUCUUAGAUGUCAACAAGACUGACAACUGGGAUCUUAUCGGUAGCAGCCUCAGUUCUAAGAGUAAAGACUCAAUUGACCAAAUCAAGAGUGUACCUUCAAAUGCUCAUGGCUACAAAGAAAAAUCCACCAUUUCUAAUAUGAAUAAGAAUUUCAAACUUGUAAAUUCACAAAACUUGAAUAUCAUUCCUCUCUGUUCUCCUGUACAAUUGUUGGAAAUAGAAAGAUUAUCAACUGAUUCAUAUGGUAUUUCUCCUAGUAUCAUGGUAGAGCUUUGUGCUUCUAAUUUAUCUCAAUUAAUCACCACUAACAUUUUGGGUGGGUCUACAAGAUUGAGCAAAAAGAAGAAUCAUAACUUACCACCAUUGGUUUUAUUGCUUAUUGGUAGUGGUAGAUGUGGUAGCCGUGCUUUUGCCACAGGCCGUCAUUUAACGAACCAUGGAGUCAGAGUUUUAGCAUUUGUAAUAAGCAAUGACGACGUUGAUAAAGAAUUGUCCACUCAAUGGUCACUUUUUGAGAAGUGUGGAGGAAAAGUAUUAACAUCUAGCUGUGCUGCAUUAAUCAACACAAUAAACCACGAGCUCGAUACUCCAGUAGAAUUAAUAAUCGAUGCUUUGCAGGGCUAUGACGACCACUUGGAAGACAUUUUUUACCAAGAAGAACAACAAAAAGAGUUAACGAGAUUAAUGUCUUGGUGCAAUGAACCACAGCAAGAAUGUAAGAUCAUGUCAUUGGAUAUUCCUUCAGGUAUUGAUGGUGGUUCUGGUACAGUACUGGAUCCAUCUUUAAAAUUAAAUUGCAAGUGGUGUGUAUCGAUGGGUUUACCAAUUACUGGUUUAAUACAUGCCUACAAAAAUGGCCACCUAGCAUAUGAUGAAGAUGGACAAACAUUACACUAUUUGGUAGAUGUUGGUAUUCCAAAUAAGGUAUACAUUAGUAAGGGAAAUUUGAGGAAAUUUGACAAGUUCUGGUUCAGCGCAGAAUACAGCAUUAAGCUUGAUGUCUCCACGGAUUAA